CUCUCCUAACAGCACAGGCCACGAGGUACUAUGUUGGGGGCGGGAUGAAGCUUACGAAGCAAUCCACGUGGAACAAGAAGCAAAUGAACCCAUGGAGCGUGCGCAACAUGAAGAAAUGGAAGGCCCCCGCUGAAGUUAAAGUUGGAGACGAGUUUGUGUUUAUAUGGAACACCAAGGCGGGUGUGUAUCAGUACAAUGGCGCGGACGAGGGGGAUUACGAGGGGUGUGUUAAGAACUCCCAGCGAGGAACCAUGCUCGCCCCAACCUCUCUUUUUGGAAGGUAUACCUUUAAGGUGGAAGAAACAUGUGUAAGCCUAUUCUUUGCAAGCACAGUUGGAUGCAAGAAAGGGAUAAAGUUCAGAACGUUUGUUACAUGUUAG